AUGGGUGGUGCAUCAGACAAGGUCAUUGCUCAGGUCAAGAGCCUCCGGCGGACAACAGCGGACGGAAAUCCCUACGUGACCAACCAAAACCUCCAAACGAUCUUCGAAAGGAACAUUAUAAUCGCUAUACUCAAAGAAUGCGCAAUACCCGAGUGGCGCAUUUCCAGCCUGGCGACGUCGGUCCGCGAAGGUGGCGUUGUCGUUUUCGCAAUCCUAACAUGGAUACAAAGACCGGAGGCGAUAGUAGAUUUCGUGGACAAGCAAGAGCUGGACGAUCGCUUGCCGUUCACAGAGAACGAUCUGCCAAGCAUCAAUCCGGAUGUACCACAGUUUUUCGAUGCACAGUGGGCUUUCUUUCCAGUCUACCUUCGGGAGGGAGGUUUCCGCAAAUUCCGUGAUAGGGAGGUCCUACCAUUUCAGACCGAGUCGGCGGAGCCUUCUUUGGAUGGAAGUUUUGGUGUGAUCUCGAAAGUCACAAUCGAUCCUUCGAUGCAUGACUUCGUCCCGGAGCAGUGCAAGGAAACAUCCGUCUUCAUUCGUAAACAACUCCGUCCUGGGAGCAAGAACCGGGAUCGGCAUGCUAAAGAGCUAAGCUGCUUAGAAGCCUUGCGCCUCCUCGAGCAUACGAACAUUGUGCGGCUUCUGUACUCUUAUACGCAAGGAUCGCGGUUCAACUUCAUCUUCCCAUGCCUGGAUAUGGACCUGAGCGAGUUCCUAGUGCGCGCCGAGCGAUACGGAAACUUUGUUGAAGACGACACCUUCUACCAAGCUCUUCAAGGCCUUGCUUCCGCCAUCCACGCCGUGCACAACUUCAAGAUCCAAGGCGAAGUCGACAUGGACUUCAUCAUCUACCACCACGACCUACGGCCCGCCAACAUCCUAGUCACUCCCAAUACGUUCAUGCUUGCGGAUUUCGGACUGUCCAAGAUCAAGCCACCCGAGAAAGGCUCAAAAACAGAAUGGCCGGAUACCUUCAGCGACUACAUAGCGCCGGAGUGCAUGGAUGAAAAUUUCCGCAAUCAGACCGUAGGCAGGUCGAUUGACAUCUGGGCCUUUGGCUGCCUCAUUGUGGAAGUCGCGACGUAUAUGGCAGAGGGAUCAGAGGGCGUAACGAGUGCCAGAAAAGAGCGAGCGCGCCUGGUAUCCGAAGAGUGGAGAGUCACAAACUCGUACUUCUGGUUGGGUAGCUCCAUGCGCCCUGAAGUCCUACAUCACAUGGAAAAGCUCCAGAUGAACAGAGGCUCGGGCAUAUUCAGCUUGCUAGAAGCGGCGAAGACAUUAUUGGAAGCCAAUGUGGAAACGCGGCCAAGGGCGGAGGAUGCGUUGAGGGCCUUGUCGGCGGUUGCAACACAGUGCAUCUACACCGAUGUCGUAGCGAGUCUGGACAAAUAUGAGGCAUCGCUAAGAACCACUGAGCAUAGAUUGUCUGCGCUCGAUGUCUGGAUGGAAAAGAGGAAGCUACACAUGUGGGGAUCGCCUUUGGGUAUGCACACAAAGCAGCUGAUAAAGAAGAGUCCACAUAGUCUUCCAAAUGUGGAAGCAAUGCAAAGAGCGCAGCAACUUCUACGAGAGCUGCAAGGAAUGUGUAGGACUGUGCUGUCAGCAUUCGCUACAUCACCGAGAGAGAAUGAGGAGGAGGACGAAUCCCGAAAGCCUUCGCUAGGGUACUCGCCUACCAUAUCUCAUGAAAUCCGAAAGAGAAUCGAGGCCUUGUGCAAUCUAUUGCCAGCCCAGACGUUGCGUCAAGUCAGCAUAAUGUGCGAAAAGGACAUUAUAAAUACCAUUGACAGUCACGACCUCGAUAGCAUGGGGAACGUACUUGAUUUGGAGUCCGAGCCGCAUCAAGAAAUGGCGUCCAUGGCCCUGCUGCGAGGAUUGAAAGAUUCUCUCGUGAGGUUGAGUAGCACCGACGAGGAGGCGAAGCGGUUGCGGCUGGAAGAGCACCAGAUUACGGGAUUGACCCGUCUGCCUGACGGCUACCAUGAGAUCGCCGAUCUUCGUGAAAGCUACGCCGACAUAACAGAGAAAUCCACAUCGCAUAGAGUCCUCGUCGAGAGCGUACCAUACUCUGAGUCCUGGCGGAAAUGGACGCCCACAGAUCGAGCGGAGCGCAUUGCCGCACUUGCGAAACUAUUGGCCCUGAAGAAACCGAAACGCCUUCGUGUGCUGGACUGCAUCGGAUACGUACUGCCCAAUCCAGAAGGAUACAGCUUGGUAUUCCGAUUUCCAGACGACGGUGCGAACUCCGUCCCGGAAACACUGCUGGACUACCUGCGGAAGGCGAUUCCGAAGCCACAGAGGGGCGUCCCAAGGGGAGUACCCGACAAACCAGCGCUUGAGGAGCGUUACAGUUUGGCCCUGACCCUUGCGCAAAGCAUCUUCGAGCUUCAUUCCAUCGGAUGGCUGCACAAGGCGCUAAACUCCAAUAACAUCCUCUUCUUCUCCGAGCCCUCGAAUUUUGGAAGACCCAAGCUCUCGAAACCUUACCUUGUGGACUUCCGCUUUAGCCGACCUAACGGCCCCAGCCAAUUCACGGAUGGUCCCGUCAAAGACCGUGGAUUCGUCGAAUACGUGCACCCAGAUUAUUUCGAAGAACGCAAGAUUCAGGACAACAGUUGGGUAAAGACCGAAGCCGCGGCAGAGAAAGAAGCUCGCUUUCGGCAGUUGUACGACUAUUACAGCUUGGGAGUUAUACUCCUCGAGAUAGGCUACUGGAGCCCAAUUGAGAACAUCCUCAGUCAGCAUAGGACCGCUUAUCCAAGUGUGCUCACUGAGAUUCUGCUUCACAAAUAUAUUCCACGGUUAGGUGCCGUCAUGGGUCGGCUUUAUAUGCAAGUAACCAGGGCAUGCGUGGAUGGCAGCAUUCAAGAAUCGGAAGACGAAUCUUCAGGCCUAAGCUCGCAAGGCUUCUAUUCAUGUGUCAUCGAGCCGCUAUCGAGGAUAUUUGUUGGUUGA